UUUUCACACUAAAAUGAACAGCUGAUACUUUGCUUGGCGAGUCGCAAUAGUAUUCAUUUUGUUCGAGAAAUAUAGAAAAAAAAAUUGAAGAGCCAUUUUGGAAAAUAGAAUUCCGCCAUAUUUACCGGCUUUUUUCAAAAUAUUUACCUUUUCUUAAUGUAAACAAGUUCCAAAAAUACGUUAUAUUUUGAGACUUGUAUAAAAUUAAAAAAAAAAGUGAAAGUCGACUAAGCAAAGACAAAAAGUGUGAAGCACAACGCCUCUAGGCUGCCAAAUGUUAAGAGAACAAACAGAAUACGUAUCAAAAGCAAAUGGCUAGUCAUAAUUUUCCGCUGAGCUCAACAAGCACAGCACCCAUUGUGAAUAAUUUAUCACUGGCUUCGGCUGCCAUACAAUGUUCAAGUAAUGCGACAACGUCACCGUUAUAUUUUACUCACAUUCUACCACCAAGUACUACUAUAGUCGAGCAGCCAUAUGCAUCGGUGUUAGACGAACAGUUAGUGAGCGGCGUGCCAACGGCUGGAGAAAGUUUUUUAAUUGAAGAAAUCAUCGAUGAGCGUGAUGAAGAAGGGAACAUAGUUAUAGAUCCGGGAGAAUUUUUUAUAUCUGGCGACAGUAUACAAUAUUAUGCUGUACCCGAGCCUAUGCCACCACAAAUGAUAAUGCAGUCAUCUCAAGAUAGCGAAGAAAAUGAAGAACAUACGCCAGAAUAUGUGGAAUAUGUGCCUGCUCAAUUACCCAUUGAUCCAGCUCAAUUUGAUAUGUCUUCGUCAUCGGUUAUAGACGACCACAAUAUCAAGCUAGAACAUAACGAAGAGCAAGAUCAAUUGUGGAUUAAAGAGGAGGCAUUCUCAGAGAUUUUAAAUUCUCCCGUUUCUUCAAUGGCCGAACAAAAUAACCAUUUAGUCGCGGACAAGAAAUUAACGAACACUAAACGUUGGAAGCAAACCAAAGUACCCAUAAGAAUUACACAAGAUGAGUUCAAUGUUACAUUAUGGUCAGCACUUAAUUCAGAGGAUGACUACGAAGAGGACGAAGACGAAGAGGGUAGUCAGUGUAUAGAAAAAAGACCUCUGAGACAAGGACAUUACAUGCCGGACGUACCGGAACCUUUCGAAAAAUUCAUUAUUGAUGAAAACAAUCUUAUGCAUGCCCCCGAAUACGUUAUAGUUCCCGAUCCGUUUACCGGCGAUAUAGUUGAAGAGGAAGUUGAAACCGUAAAUAUAGUAGAAAACGUAAAAAGUCCCCCGGAAGUCAGUGUAACUCCGAAAGAAAACAAUGCCCUAAGCAAACAAAAUAAACAAACUGUUACAGAAACGAAACCAACCACCAUUACUGCAACAACACAUGCAAGCAGUCAUUCAGCGGCAAAAGUAAAAUCUCCUCCCUCUACUUUAAAGAAGCCAGUGCCUAUACACAAUAGCGAUGAUUACAAUGUCAAUAAUAAUGGAGAUGUUAGCUCUACCUCUGCAACUUCCAGGCAAAAUACAUCGGUUGUUACCACAGUGAGCACAGCCACAGGAACAACGACUGUGUAUCGCUGCACUUUUCGCGAUUGUAAUAAAGAAUUUCGUAAUCAUUCUGCAAUGCGCAAGCAUUCGGCUACACAUGGUCCCCGCGGUCACGUAUGUGCAGAAUGUGGUAAAUCGUUUGUAGAGAGUUCGAAAUUGAAACGUCAUCAGCUUGUGCAUACAGGAGAAAAACCUUUCGAAUGCACAUUCGAAGGUUGCGGUAAACGUUUUUCUCUUGAUUUCAAUUUGCGCACUCACGUGCGCAUACAUACGGGCGACCGGCCUUAUCACUGCCCCGUCGAGGGAUGCCACAAGUGUUUCGCGCAAUCGACCAAUUUGAAAAGCCAUAUGCUCACACACUCAAAACCUAAGCGUAAAUGGUCGCGACCAGUCAGUAGUAAACAAUUAAUAGCUCGCUAUGGUCGUCUUGAGCUAGGCGAAAACCCAAGCUUUGUAUAUUUAGAAACAAACGAUCAAUUUCCCGUAUUGUUGGAUAGUUCUUAGACGAUACUUCCACAUAAUGCAUGCAUACCAAUCUCUAUUAAAAGAAUGUUUUGUAUAUUCAAUAUUCUUCUUACGUUUCAUUUCUCUUUGAAGCUCAACAUUAAGUCUAAUAUAACAAUAAGUACUAAUUGCUCUAAUGUAUAGGCUUUUUAUUUCAAUGGAAUAUAAACGUAUGUAUCCUGUCUAUGUGAAAAGAUCACGAUCAGUGAUCAGCGAUCAGUUACCCAUUAAAUUGGUGACAAGUUCGAUCAAAGGAAAUAAGUACAUUUCGUUAGAUACAUACUGAAAAUACUUAGGAAAAUUAGUUUAACUGCAUAACACCUUUUCGGAAACCCAAUAGCUGUGAAUAGGCCCACAUGUUGCAAAGGAAAUCAUGUUCAACAAUGUGAUGGGUUGGUAUUUAGCUUAGAAUAAACCUUUUACGAAGAUCAUCGCGCCUACUAUGAAUUCCUUUUUUUUUUUUUGGUUCAAUCUUAUCGUAGCGGAAUCGUAGUUCGUCUCAUCUAAAUUUAUGAACCACAGUUGAGCGUAUAACAUUGGUACAUGCAUUUCUUAUUUGUCUCGUGAUAUUUCGCGUGCUCACUAAU